GGUGUAGCAACGUGCAAACUUCACAACAGAUAACAGACCUCCGCCGCUGCGUGAUCAUCAUUAUCUGAAGUUAUAAUAAUACAUUUUCCGGACAGAAUUUUCACAACUACAGGCAUCUAUAAUGGCCCAGACCGACAUGGAUUCCGGGGAGGAUGGAGGCGGCGGCGGGGAGCCCGAGGUGAUCGCUAAAGCCAGUGUCUUGGGAGGUUUUACCGAGAGCACUGAGAUUCGAGCCCUGAUCUCCAGCCUACCAGUGGUUCACGAGAACAUCGUGACACUGGAGUUAGCCAUAGAGAGGUUCCUCGUGAUAAUGGACCGUUAUCAGGAGCAGCCCCAUCUCCUGGAUCCACAUCUGGAGUGGAUGUUGAACCUGCUGUUGGAGCUCAUCAGGAGUGAGCAGUCUCCUCCUCUACUGGUACACCUGGGCUUCAAAUUCCUCUACAUCAUCUCCAAGGUGAGAGGGUAUAAGAUCUUCAUGCAGCUCUUCCCCCAUGAGGUGGCUGAUGUCCAGCCAGUCCUGGACCUCCUGUGCCGACAGGACCCCAGAGACCCAGAGACCUGGGAGACCCGCUACAUGUUGCUGCUGUGGCUGUCCAUGACCUGUCUGAUACCCUUUGACCUCUCCCGUCUUGACGGUCACCUGAACUCUGACCCCAGCCAGACCAGAGAACCAAUCAUGGACCGCAUCCUGGCGGUCGCCAAGUCCUACCUGAUGGUCACUGAUAAGUCAAGGGAUGCUGCAUCUGUGUUGGUAUCAAAGUUUGUGACACGUCCUGAUGUGAAGCUGAAGCGACUAGGAGACUUCCUGGACUGGAGUCUGACCACCAUCUCUCAGGCCAGUGACCAGACCAUGGGAGGUACUGUAAUCCUGGACGGGGCCCUGCAGUCUCUGGCCCAGCUAUUCAAGCAUGGCAAGAGAGAUGACUUUCUCCAGUACGCUCCGGUGGUGCUGCAGUGUCUGGACCAGUGUCACGUGGCAGAGAGCACCCAGGCUAUGCUGAGGAAGCUGGGGGUCAAACUGGUACAGAGACUGGGUCUGACCUUCCUCAAGCCCCGACUGGCCAAGUGGAGGUAUCAGAGAGGGAGUCGCUCCCUGGCAGCCAACCUGUCUCUGGCCCAGUCUGGCUCCACAGUCCAGGCUGUUAGUCCAGACAUGGAGACCCAGAGCCAGGAGGAGGACUACGAUAUCCCAGAGGAGGUGGAGAACGUCAUCGAGCAACUGUUGGGUGGGCUGAAAGACAAGGAGACCAUUGUGCGCUGGUCUGCUGCUAAGGGUAUUGGGAGGGUGACCGGGCGACUCCCCAGGGAGCUGGCUGACGAGGUGGUUGGAUCUGUGUUGGAGUGUUUCAGUUUCCAGGAGACAGACAACGCAUGGCAUGGAGGCUGCUUGGCCCUGGCAGAGCUGGGGAGAAGAGGCCUGCUGGUGCCCUCUCGUCUCCCGGACGGCGUGGGAACCGAACGGCACCUGUUUCCCAUGACUACACCUGUGCUGCAGCGGGAUGCAGUGAUACGUGGCUCUGGGCACACGGGCACGGCUCUACUACAGCGGGCUAGUCAGCUAGGACACAUCUCCUGAUCUGAUGAGCUCCUCACACCACAUCAACCUUGUAGAGAGAGUGUGACUGGCCUUCUGACAGCAUGGGCUUCCCGGAGAGACUCUUACUCAGGAGUCAGGGACUUACAGGGAAAAACUGUGUGUCUGUGUGCGUGCGUGUGUGUGUGUGUGUGUGUGUGUGUGCGUGUGUGUGUGCGUGUGUGUGUGCGUGUGUGU